GUCAGUCUACGUCACGCUAUUGGAGAGGUUUCCCAGAUGCCACUGCGCUGCACAAAAUUGUUCAAUUUAUGGAUGUCCGCCAUACUGGUGGGAGAGGAUCGGACACCAAAACGGCACAUAUGCCUAAAUUCCGGUGUUUCUGGUCGCACUGAUGCAGUACAGUCCUUCCCAGUUAAAAGAAAGAUUGCUAGAGAGCAUAGAUAACGACAAUAAUGUGGUUGACAUGCCCAAAGUGUUGGAGGUUAUCACCUUGUUGGAGAAAUAUCCCAUUACAAGGGAGAUAUUGGAGGAGACAAGAAUUGGAAAGCUUGUCAAUGAUGUCAGGAAGAAAAUCACAAACAAACAACUUGGCAAGCGUGCUAAGGAACUUGUCCGAAGUUGGCAUAAAUUUCUUGACUCUGAAUCAGAGACUACAGUUAAUGGAGACAGGAUAAGUAGAGGGUCUGUUCCUGGUAGACUGCAGGCUCCAAACAGACCCCCAAUAAGUCCUGCAAGUGCACAUAUUGGCAAAUCAGCUUCAGUUACUGAUAUAAAUAAACUAGUGUCGCCGAAUAGUGUAAAAUCUAGUCUUUCACAAGGACAGAUAUCUAACAAACCUAUUACACCAUCAUUACCAAAUGCGAACAACAAACUGACAUUUCAGCAAGCCGCCAAGAGGUCCAACUCUUCUCCACAGCUUGCCUCAAAUGCUAAACGUUUUUGCAUAUCACCCAGUGCUGCCAGUUCUCAGCCAGGUACUCCAGAUAGUGUGUGUAGUCAAGGCAGUCGUGCAUCCAGCACUGUUGUUAGUGAAAUAUCUCAAAGUUUACCAUCAUCUCAUAAAAAGGCAGGGCCUUGCCCUUCAGACUCUUCAAAGUUAAAACGAACUCGUUCAAGUGAUAGUUUUUCAAAGAAACCACCUGAUGGUGAUUUGAGGGUGUCUCAGUCAACUAGCAAUUUGCCUUCUCAGUUCAAAACCAGUCCAGGGCCAAAUGGUGUGGUUGUGUCUCGAGUUCAGCAAAAUGGUGAAGAAAUAUUAACACCUACUCAUUCCAUUGAAACAAAAGGACUAAAAACUACUAUCAGAUUUAAUAAAACUUCUCCACCAGCCCCUCCUAUUAAUGGGUUGGUUGAAACACCGAAAAAAAGGGGCAGAGGUAGACCUCCUAAAGUGAAACCUCAAACCCCUGGUGAUCAAAUAAGACCUCAAAAUGGAUCUGUUUCUAGUGCUAAAAGUUUGUGUGAUAAACGACAAGUGAAACUUGGUAUUCGCACAGACUUAGAUACUCCUUCAAGAGCAGUAAGCCUUACACCAAAAGUGAAAAGCACUGCUGAACUUAUGCAACAAUUGCAGGCAAAAAACAACCUUUCUGUUGGGAGAGAUACAGUCCGGCAAAUCAAAGAUAACUUAAUUCAAAAGGAGGCAGAUGAUGAAUUUCAGUCUAUUGUGCCUGAUGGUGCAAAGCCACGAAUGCAUCGUAAAAAAGGAGCUAAAAAUGACCUUAUACCUCCAAGUACCCCAGUUUCAAAAACUGAAAUGGUUGAAAAAUUCUUAGAAAGUUCUGUUAGUCAAGUGACCCCAGAAGAUUUAAGCCCUUUAAAAUAUGAAUUACCUCGUACUGAGUCCCCCAGUGCCUCAACUAGUUUUGAAGAUAAUGUUGAUGCUGGUACGGAAUCCUUUGUGAAGAGUGGUAAUCUCAAUGAUGUUCGGUCAGCAACACCUAGUGUUGAUUCCAAAUCUGUGAUCUCUGAAAAAGGUCUCAAGUCUGAAUUGAAACCAAAUGCAAACUCUGAGCCAGUGCCAGGGACAUCCAAUGAACAGGAUAAGCCCUUGACUUUAGAAGAAAUCUACAGCAAAUAUCCACCCUUAGAUCUUGACAAUUUUGCAUUAGAUGAUGAUACAUAUGAAAUGCCUGAACCAUUGGAGAUUACUAAUGAUGAUGUGAAUAGAUUGCAUACACAGCAUUGGACAGAAAUGAAUGGUUGCUAUGACAGUUGGGGUACUUGGAGGGAUUGGACACAAACAGUUUCGUUUCAGUCAUUUAAUUCUGAUCCACUUCAUAUUUUACCAUAUGUGAUCACUGAUGAUUAAUCAUAUAUUAUUCUAAAGUUGUCUUAGGGGGAUAUGAGUUGCAAUGAAAAUGGAUUGAUUAAUAUAUUAAAUGAAAUACAUAAAAAAAAUUCACUAAAUCAUAAAGAGUAAAGGCACACUGUUUGUACUUUAAGAUCAUAUAUUUUUUAUAUUUGCAUAAACUCCCAUUAAAGUUUCUGGAUUAGGUGAUUUAAUCUAGUGCUUAAUAUUAAUGUUAUUUCAGUUUACUAUUUUUUGGACAUGUUUUUCUUAAAUUAUGUUUGAUUUAUUGUUAAAUAUUGAAUUUUAUGAUUUUACAGUAAGGGCUACAUGUAUGUGACUCUAGAAAAGAAUUGAGUUGAGAAUUUUGUUUUUCCACAGAAAACUGUUAGAAGCAAAACUAAUUCAAGUUGGUAAAUUUUGUCUCGCAAAUGCUUUUAUUAUUUAAAAUGGACAUGAUAAGGUUUGACCAUGUGGAGCAUUUUUAUUUCAGUUCUCAAAGCCUUUAAGUUACUGAUUUGGCCAUUACCUUUAAGUAAACAAUUUCUAUACAUCAGAAUUUCAAUUUAGCUCAUUAACAAUGCCACAUGUCAUCUUCUAAAGAUAGUUGUCAUUGUUUCAUUAUUUUCAGAUGGGUUUCUUGUUGUUGAAAUCUUUUUAUAAACAUUGGCUGCCUUGUUUGAAUAGAAAGAGUUGUUUUAUGAUAAUGUCAAAAGUUUGCCUUUACUCAAUGUAGAGAUGGACAGAACAUUUAUGAUGAUAAAAUUGAUAGUUUAUGAAGGUUGUAAUCAUAUAUAAAUUUUAAAUACUGAGGGUACAUAUUUUGUUUUUGCAGUUUCAAAUGUUUUAGAAAAGUGUCACAAAGUUAUAUUUGUCUUAUGUGCUAAUAUAGUUCCAUAUAGUUCCAAAAUAUAUGUAGUCUAUUUCAAAAUGUUAAAUUCAAAGUCUUAGUUAAGGAAAUCCAGUUUAGGUGCCAUUAUGUUAAUAAAAUGAAAAAUUCUUUAGUUUUUUAAUUUGUUGGAUUGUUUAUCUUUGCAGCACAGGGUAACUUAGAUAUUACAUAGUGUUAUUCAAGUCGUUCCAUCUUGGGUUUUCAAUUUACAGGUGAAGUUUGCAUAUUAUUAAAAAUUGUGAAAUAUAUGAGCUCUAAAUUGUUUUGUGGGAUAUCUAUAUAUUUUUAUUAUUUUGCUUCUUUUGUAUUAGUUUGUACUUGAAGCUCAAAAGUUGAACUAUGUAUUUUUUCAACACACAUGAUUGUUAAAUUGUUUAGCUAUUGUCAUAAAUUGGUCAUCUAUUAACGGAAUAUUUUUAAAAAGGUGCAGUAUUAUAAACAUUCUAGCCAAUUAUAUACCAGUUUUCAAUGCUGGCAUUUUAUUAUUGCUCUCAUAGAAAUCAUUUGUGUAAGUCUAAAUUUUGUGUUUCUAUUUUGUUUUCUAAUGUAUAAGAUACCAAAGUGUUUGUAUUAUAUUGCCAACUUUUUUGAAGAUUUAAUGAAGUUCAGGUUAUUCUAAAUGGUUCUAUGUUAUGCCUUACUAAUUUAAAACCUCGAAAUUUCAUAUUGAAAGAAGUCAAAAUACACUUAAAUGUGUCAAUUUAACAUCUUUUACUUAAACUUAAAGUAACAUUUAGUAUUAUAAUGUGUGUCAGUAGGGAACACAGAAUGGUUUACACAAAGCAGGUUCUCCCAGCAUUAACCUUUCACUUUGUUCUAAAGAUCACUUAGUUCUAAAGGUCAGUGUUUUUGAUGUUGCUUUUUACCCAGUCUUUGGAGGGUCUUUGAAAUGGAUUCUUUUUCAAUCUUUUAAUAUCCUUUUUUUUUUU